GUCCCGCCAUAUUGUGUAUGCAGCGCGGGUCAGUGGCGCGUGUAUAUGGGUGUUUUGUGAAGACCUUCUCUAUCACGGAAAGCCACGGGAUUGCAUGAUCCUGUCUGACUAACGGGCUGUAUCACGCGUGCACCAUGGAUCCAGCUAAGCUGAAGGUGGUGGAACUGCGAGCGGCACUUGGGGACCGCGGCCUCGACGUCAAGGGCAACAAGCCAGUGCUCGUCGAGAGGCUACGCAAGGCGCUGGAGGAAGAGAUCCAGAAGCAUGAUCAAGACAAGUCAGCUUUACACACAGAAAAUAUAGAGGAGACAGCUUCAAAAGAAGCACCUGAAAAAGUUGCAGAAUCUACACGAUCUUCGCAGCCACCGAGGACACCUAGCAGAGCAUCUAGAAGCUCUUCGAUGGUGACUCCAACAAAAAUUUCUACUAGAAAUGCAUCAAGGACUGCUACAACUCCAUAUUCUUUGAAGCAAUCCUCUCCGAACAAAUCUCAGUAUGUUGAGAAGGCACGCGAGGUAUUAGCGACAAUAUCAGAGUCUACCUCCGAAGAACCUGUAGUACAACAAGAGAAAAUAUCAAAAUUAUCCCCUGAGAAGUACAGAGAAGAACAGAAGGACAUUGCAUCAGAUGUUGUUCAGAAUGAGAUUCACGUGCAGACGCCGUCUGGGAAAACUCGGGGCGAGGAAGCAAAGCAUAUUGAUGUUUUGGAAGGCAAUAGGUGUGAGACAAAUGUUUCCCAAGUACCUGCAACAGAACCGUCUGAGAAAUCUAGUACAAUUGAACAUGUAGAUCAGUUCUCUAGAACUCAGGGAGAACAUGGAACAGCGACAUCUAAUGUAGAUAAGAUUAACAAAGUUCAGAAACCAUCGUCGAGGGCACUGGUUGACGAAACAAAAGAUACUACAAAACUGGAAGAAAAGACAGAAAUUAAGGAGAAUGUAGAUAUUGACAAAGUGCAAGAUGAUAAUGUUGAGGAAGAUGUUGAGGAUAAGAAUUUAGUUGAGAAAGAGAAUAUUGAACAUGUAGAGGAUAUGUAUAAUGUUAAGGAUCAUGCAGACAUUCCUGAAGUUGAAGAGUCAACACAUGUAACUUCUGAUCAGAUUGACAGAACAUGUGAUAUAUUGAAAGAUGAAGGCAAGACUAUUAAUGAUCAUAGUAUAACGCAAGAAGACAAAAUGGAUGUUUCAGAUAAUCUGGAAGACAUGGAUGAGAAAAUGGAUGAUACUAAUAAUCCACAAAAUGAGCAGGAUGUGAAAAUGGCGGAAAUAAAGCAAAAAGACGCUAAGUUAGAUACAGACCAGUCAAAUCAAAAGGAUAGCAAAGACAGGAAAAGAAAAAGAUCUCCUAGCCCAGUGAAAGUUUGUCAAAUGUCUCUUGCUCCAUUUAAACCCGAGGAAGAACCAGAGUUUGAUGAAUAUGCUGUAACUUUGUCAUAUUAUGAUUCAGACUUAAAUUUAGUCAUCAGUGAGGAUGGUUUUUAUUCUGCGACACCUAUGCAUAACGAUGAUCUCUGUCAUAUGUGGGCUGGCACAAGAGCGUCUUAUGGUUUUACAAAUGGAAAACUGUUCUACGAAGUCAAAAUUACGGAAAACUGUCCCACUACUGCUCAAGAUAAGGAGCACAUGCUCAGGGUUGGUUGGUCGACUCUCGAUACGUCGAUGCAACUUGGCGAGGAGAGAUUCAGUUACGCGUACACGAGCACCGGAAAAAAAGGCACGGACAAGGAGUUCACGGAUUACGGAGCAAGCUUCAACAAGAACGACGUCGUGGGAUGCUAUCUCGACUUGAUGCCUGAUGACACCGUGGAAUUGUUUUAUACGCUAAAUGGCAUGGAGUUGGGAUCCGCAUUUAGUAUCUCUAAAGAAGAACUCGGUGGCAGGCCGCUGUUUCCACACGUUCUGAGCAAAAAUUGCACAUUCGUUUGCAAUUUUGGGCAAGAGGAGGCAUGGUGCGAGUGUCCAUUAUAUAUGCAGGAUUACGUUUUUGUGGGCAAUGUUCAAUUGAAGAACAGGAUUGCCGGUCCACGUAGACCGAACGAAAGAGCCGAGUGCGAAGUGAUAAUGAUGUGUGGUUUGCCGGCGGUGGGGAAGACCGCGUGGGUGAAGAAACACGCGGCCGAGAAACCAGACAAACGAUACAAUAUUUUAGGGAUCGAUAACUUAGUUGAGAAAACGGGGGAUAUUGCCGUGUGUCAAAAACAGAACCCAUCUUCGCGAGACGUCAUUAUCGACAAGUGCAAUCGUGCACUCGACGAAUUGUUAGACGUAGCUGGCAGCAGAAGACGUAACUAUAUCUUAGACCAGGGAAGUAACGUAUAUGCUUCUGUACAAAAACGUAAAAUGCGGUAUUUCUGCGACUACCAACGGAAAGCGGUCGUUAUGGUAUUAGCGGACGAGGAGUACAGUCAACGUCUGUCCGUGCACGAUGCACGGAAAAAAUUCUCAGAUUCGGAUAUUAUGGAAUUGAAAGCAAACUUUAUUACACCUUCGGUGGGAGAGUUUUUCGAUACGGUAGAGUGGGUUGGACUGAAUGAGGAGGAGAGUAAGAAACUAAUCGAGAAAUACAACAAGGAAGGUAAGGAAGCUGGAUUUGGCCAACAACAACCAGCAAAGCGAGCCCGUCUCGACAAGAACGAACCUGCUAACAGAGAGAUACGCGACUCACGAAAUAAUAGAGAUAUACGAGAUUAUCGUGACAGGAGAAACAAUUUGUGCACUCGUGGUCUAGAUCAAGACAGAGGAGGUCGCAAUCCUCCUUGGCGUGGUGGCAAUAAUAUGGGAGGUUGGAGAGGAGACAGACCGCAGAGAGGCGGCUACAUGAGGCAUAGCGGUGGCUAUGGACCUCCCGUUCCAUGGAGAAUGCGAGGACGCGGUGGACCCUUGCGAGGGGUAGACCGACGAGGUGGUGGGAUUGACAGAAGACAAGGAAACGAUAGAAAUCGACCUGUUGCAGCUAGACAAGGAAAUUGGGGUCAUAUGAGCAGUAGUUAUCAAGGAUCACAGCAGAGUGGAUGGGGGGGAGGUUCCGAUAAUUGGUCUGGUGGCCAAACGCAAGGUAGCUGGAGUCAACAGGGAUGGGGCCAACAACAAUGGGGAGGCAGUUGGAAAGGAUACGGCGGUCAAGGGACAUACAGCCAGGCGGGGUACAGUCAGCAACAGGGCUAUGGCAAUGGCAAUUGGAACAAUUGGAACCAGCAGUAUUACAACAAUCAGUAUUGGGGCCAGCAACAACAGAGUGGACAAACCACUGCAGCUGGCAGCCAAGCUGAAAUUGCAAAUGAAACGGUUGCAACAACCGAUACGGGAGCAGGAUACAGUUACUCGCAAGGUUGGCAGAGUUACACGCCAGGACGAACUACUGCCGCACAAAGUGCAGCACAAUCGACCACGCAGCAGUCUCAUUCACACAAAUAAAUAGACGUCACGAUCGCAUCACAGCACACGUAUUCACAAGUGUUUGAAUUUCUUGCAACAUGUAAGUGUAACAUGGAAGAUUUACAUCAAUAUAGUGACUAUUUGCCAUAGUUACGACAAAGAAACUUUUAGAACGGGCAUUUUUAUUUUUUUCUUUUAUGCGUAAAAGCAUUGUUAUUACAAGCACUGUGAAAAUACAUUUGCGAAGGAAAGACGAUUGCGGAGAAAAAGAUCGAUUUUCCUUUCGUAAGAAAAAGAAAUUUUUAGCCCUUUAUUCAACGAUAUUUAUUCGAGAAAAUUUCGAAAAGAUUAUAUACGUGUAUGGGUCGAUAAUAUCUAAUUAUGAAAUUUUUUGAAUGAGAUUCGUACCUCUUGUUAAUAUAUAGGAUAUUAUGAAAUCCUGUUAUUAUUAAGAAUAGGGAUGAUGUAUGAUGCUAUCCUAUUCGUACCUCUUGUUAAUAUAUAGGAUAUUAUGAAAUCCUGUUAUUAUUAAGAAUAGGGAUGAUGUAUGAGAUAUAUUAUCCUAUGAGAUAAAUAAUGUUAAAUUGAGGGCUAGAACACGAUUGAUACUUGUGAGCUUCGAAGAUCCUUAUCGGAAACACAGGUCUAAUAAUCUAAGUGCAUUAAUGAUAAUGUAACAGUCAUGUAUGCGAGAAAAGAUGUAACUUUUCAUCGCGCCUUAAAAAUAAUGGCACAUGCAAAAAAAGAUGCAAAUAAAGGGGGGGAUAUAAGAAAUGUGAGAGGAAGAGUAUUACGUAUGGGUACAUAACACGCAAAUAACAUUAGAUCGAAAAGAUACUCUUAAUUACUAACCGUACACCCUCAAAGAAUUGUGUAAAUAUGUACAGAUUUAAAGUAAAAAAUGGGAAAAAAAGAAAAGAUUAACCAGAAAAACAUUAAUGAUCUAUUUAUACAAUGGAUAUAUAGAGUUCUGUAGUGUGAAACCUUUAGACUGGGUGCCCUUUUAGAGAAAGAGGAGAAAUAUAUAAAAACACAAAUAUAUAUAUAUAUAAUACAAUAUAUAUAUAUACACAGAUAAACAAUAUAUAUAUUGUAUAUCAUUUCUGUCUUUAUCUUUCUAUACCACCGACAUUGUAUAAAAGGAGAAUAUUGUAGCGUAAAUAAAUUAUUCUUGGACACACGUUUUAUACAUGCAGGUUUUUCAUUGCACGAGGUGAACGAGUCAGGCAAAUUAAUGAAAAAUAUACCAUCGAUUUUCUUACUCUCUCUUUCUCUCUCUCUCUCUCUCUCUCUCUUUCUCUCUCUCUCUCUCUCUCUCUCUCUCUCUAUUAUUGUAGAUCCAUUAUAUUGUAUUUGAAAAUGACACCGAACAAGGUUUUGCUAUAAUAUUAGCUUUAUUAAACACAAUUCCAUGAUAUUUGUAUCUACUGUAUUUUCUAGGUUUUGUUUCUUUUUCUUUGAUGUAUGUUAUUUCGUUAUGAUUACACGAUAAUACUGUUUUGCUGAUCAAUCCGCCUCUUUCACCGAGGACGGUGUUAUCAUAUGUAUUUAAUUUUGCACAUUUAUUCAAUCGCUCAGCACGUGGUAUUCGGAAUCGUGGCUUAAAAGACUUACGAUGCAUUUGUUACCCUACGUACUUCCUCUGCUAGGACAAAGCGGUUUUCUUUGUUCCAUCUCAAAGAGACGGAACGAAGACCGGAAAUCCCUAUAUCAAGCAUCAUGAUAGCGUCUUAUGCAAAAUGCAUACAUGAAAACCUUAUAAGAGGCGUGUAUAUAUUUAUUAUGCGAUGCGUAUAUUCGAGCGCAGACAAGAUUUUCGUAUCGCCUUUAAUGGCUGAACAGAUUGGAUUCUGAGUAGACUCGAUCGACUACUCUCGGGAUCCUAUUAUUACGUAAGAAAAUUGUUCUAUCUUUACGGAAAUCGUUCGUUUAUCUGCACUUUGUACACCGAUAAUAUAUUUUUAUAACAUACUAAUAUCGUUUUU